AUGAUGCACUGCGGUCUCGAGGUCGUCCUCCCCAAUGGCGAAAUCGUCCGCACCGGCAUGGGGGCUCCCUCUGACCCAACGGUCUCCAAAGACCCUAACCUCCCACCUCACGACCAGCCUGGUAACCGAGCCUGGCAUCUGUUCAACUACGGCUUUGGUCCCUACAAUGACGGGAUCUUCACGCAAUCCUCCCUAGGCAUUAUAGUCAAGAUGGGAAUCUGA